AUGAAAGGAUUCAAUAUCCUAAUAAUCUCCGUUGCAUUAAUCUCGGAGGUUAAGGGUAUAUGGCCAUUUGAUAGUGGAACAACUACAUCUGGAAAUUCAGCUUCAUCAAUCCCAACACCAGCUUCAUCUUCGGGAGGCCAAGGGUUUUUCCAAUCAUUAAUAGGAGACUUUGGAGGUGGUAGUUCAAGUACUGAAACUGGAGCUGCAGCAACAGAUGAUACAAAUCCAUAUGCUCCUUAUAAUGUAACAUGUCCUUCUGGUUCAUUAAUUAGAGAAGCUAGUGGUAUUUCAGAUGAAGAAAAAAAUUAUAUACAGCAUAGACAUGAGAUCACAAAUAAAAAUCUAGUGAAUUUCUUAAAAAAAGCUAAUAUGACUGAUUUUGAUCCGGAUUCAUUUAUUAAUGAUAAUUCAGAUAAUCAUAAUAUUACGAUUGGAUUAGCAUUCAGUGGUGGUGGAUAUAGAGCUAUGCUUUGUGGAGCAGGACAAUUAUUAGCUACUGAUGAUAGAUUCUCAGAUUCAAAUGAUCAUGGAGUUGGUGGAUUAUUACAAUCUGCUACUUAUUUAACCGGAUUAUCUGGUGGUAAUUGGUUGGUUGGAAGUUUAGUAUUGAACAAUUGGUUAUCAGUUGGAGAAAUAGUAAAUGGAAGUUCACAAAUUUGGCAAAUAGAAGAUUCAAUAUUAAACCCCAGUGGUAUAAGAAUAGAUAAAACUAUUGCAUAUUAUUACGGAUUAAGACAAGCUGUUUUAGCAAAAGAAAAUGCAGGAUUUGAUACAACUAUUACUGACAUAUGGGGUAGGGCAUUAAGUCAUCAAUUUUUUGAAGAUGAUAGCGGUGGUGAAAAUGUUACUUGGUCAAGUGUUCAAAAUAUGUCAAAUUUUCAAAAUUAUGAAAUGCCAUAUUUUACAGUUAUUGCAAAUGCAAGAUUACCUCAUACUGUAAUUAUUAAUGAAAAUAGUACAAUUGUUGAAAUAUCAGCUUAUGAUUUAGGAUCUUGGGAUAAAGCUUUGAGAUCAUUUACUGAUAUUGAGUAUUUAGGAAGUGCAGUUGAUGGUGGGAAUCCAAAUAACACUGGAGUAUGUGUUAAGAAUUUUGAUAAUGCUGGUUUUAUAAUGGGUACUUCUUCAUCUUUAUUUAAUCAAAUUAUUCUUCAAUUGGGGAACUACGAUAUAAAUAGUAUUAUUAAAUCAGUUUUAACUGAUUUAUUAGCCACUUUAAGUUAUGCAGAAUUUGAUAUAGCAUCAUAUGAACCAAAUCCAUUUUUUGGUGCUGAUCAUGGGGAUUCUCAUUCAAUGGUAACCAAUGAUACAUUAUACUUAGUUGAUGGUGGUGAAGAUUUACAAAAUGUUCCUUUCUAUUCAUUAAUUCAAACAGCAAGAGAUGUCGAUGUUAUUUUUGCAUUUGAUAAUUCUGCAGAUACUAAUCAGCUGUGGCCUAAUGGAACUUCUAUUAUGGAAACUUACAAAAGACAAUUUUCAGUAUUAGGUAAAGGCACUCCAUUUCCAUUCACGCCAGAUGUUGAACGAUUCUUGGAUGAAGAUUUAGGUUCUAAACCUGUAUUUUUUGGAUGUAAUGCAUCAGAUAUGAGCAACUUGGUGGAUUGGCAUAAUAACAGUAAUAUAAAUGUAACCGAUGUACCAUUGGUGGUUUAUGUAUCAAACGCUCAUCAAUCAUAUAAUUCAAAUUUUUCAACAUUUAAAUUAUCAUGGGAAGAUGAAGAAAAAUGGGGUACAAUAAGAAAUGGAUUUGAAGUAAUGUCAAGAAAUAAUUUAACAGAUGAUGAAAAUUGGCUUGGUUGUGUUGGAUGUGCUAUUAUUAGAAGACAACAAGAAAGAUUUGGGCAAGAACAGACUGAUCAAUGUAAAAAAUGUUUUCAGGAAUAUUGUUGGACUGGUGGUGUUAAAGAAGCUGCUGCUGUCAAUAGUGUUAGUGGAAUUAAUGAGAUAUCUGGUAUAUCUACUGCUACGACUACUACUGCUCAGCAAUCGUCAUCAUCAAGCUCCUCAGGUUCAUCUUCAAAUGGUGGAUCUUCAACAGCUGCUUCUUCUUCAAGUAGACAAAGUAACGGUCAAAGUAUAGAACCAAUUUCGUUAUUCUUUUUCAUUAAUAUUUUAUUUAGUUAUUUAAUUAUAUAG